AUGGUGAGCAAAGAAGCCAAGAAAGAAAAGAGCAGGAUAAUUUCAGAUGAUGAUAAGCACUAUGAAAAAAAUCGUAUAAUAGAACUUUACUGUACUCUUUCUUCUACGUUGUAUGAAGUGACCUACACGACGCUCACAUUUCAGGAUGCUGUUGGAGCAGGGUAUAAUUGGGACAGAAAUAAUUUAAGGAAAAGAGGAAAGAAGUAUCCAGCUCUAUCCCCCAUAUGGCGUCAGGCUGGCCUGAGUCUGCUAACUCUUUGUCUGAUGCUGCUGAUUGGGCUGGUGACCUUGGGGAUUAUGUUUUUGCAGACAUUUAAUGAUAUUAACUCAGACUCAGAGAAAUUGAGUCAACUUCAGAAAAUCAUCCACCAACAGCAGAAUAACUUAUCCCAGUAGCUGGCAAAUGAACUCUGCCAAGAGCUGAUCAUUCACACUUCAGAUGACAAACAUAAUCCUUGUCCUAAGAUGUCGCAAUACUACCAAAACAGCUGCUAUUAUUUUGCAACAAAUGAGGAGAAAACCUGGACCAACGGUAGAAACUGCAUGGACAAGAACUCCAUCUUGGUGAAGAUGGAUAAGUUGGAAGAAAAGGAUUUUCUGAAGUCACAGCCAUUACUCAAGUUUUCUUUUUUCUCACUGGGAUUAUCAUGGGACCCAUCUGGCAGAAGUUGAGUAUGGGAGGAUGGCUCUAUCCCCUCUCCGUCCUUAUUUAGUACUAAAGAAUAUGCCCAGAUCAAUGGACCCAAAGGAUGUACCUAUUUUCAAAAACGAAACAUUCAUAUUUCCUGCUGCGGUGCUAAAAUUUCUCGGAUGUGUGAGAAGACAGCUGCAUUGGUGAAGAUUGAAAAUUUGGAUUAA